AUGGGAAACACCGAUGACCUGCAAGCUCUCCUCUCCAUCAAGGCUCAUUUGUAUCCAUCUGAAUCCUUGUCCUCAUGGGGUAGUAAAAACCAAACCGUGCACUAUUGCAAAUGGCUAGGUGUGAAGUGUGGUAGCCUUCAAUACCCUAAAAGAGUCACAGCCCUGGACCUUGACUCCCUCAACUUAACGGGCAAAAUAUCUCCUGAUAUAGGGAACCUUACCUUCCUCCAGAAGCUCAACCUCUCUGGUAACCAACUACAGGGAUACAUCCCACAAGAGCUUGGCCGCCUGUCCAACCUCCAGUUCCUCAAUCUGAUGGACAAUGCUCUAGGAGGCACUAUUCCCACAAGCUUUGCCAAUUGCUCCAACCUUGUGCUCAUAUGGCUAGAUAGUAACAAGCUAAUAGGGGAGAUCCCGGUGGAGCUCGGAAGCCUCCCUAAGCUUUCUUUUCUCCUCCUUGCUGAAAACGACCUCACAGGGGUCAUUCCUCCUCCUUUGGGGAAUCUCUCAUCUCUGGUCGGCAUCGAUAUGUCAGAGAACAACCUAAGGGGACAAAUCCCUUCGAGCCUCGGAAGACUUAUCCUCUUGAAACAUUUUACUGUAACCAGCAAUAGAUUGACGGGUGAGAUGCCAUCCUCUUUUUUUAACUUAUCUUCCCUUUGUAAUUUUUUUGUUGGAGAUAACCAACUCUCAGGGGUGCUCCCACCUGAUAUGGGUAACAUGCUCCCUAGGCUUCAAGUCCUACAAGCAUUUGAAAACCAAUUUGAAGGUCCCAUUCCCAUUUCACUACCAAAUGCUUCUAGCCUUGAAAAAAUUGUUUUGUGUCAGAACAAAUUUAGUGGCCCAGUGCCCAAGAAUAUUGGUAUGCUACGAAAUCUACUUAGGGUGAGCCUCUGUGAUAAUCUAAUGGAAGCCAAGCAGGGUGAGGAUUGGGAAUUUCUGACAACCUUGGCCAACUGCAGCAAUCUGCAACUAUUGGAUUUGUCCAACAAUAUGCUGGAAGGCGUUCUACCAAACUCAAUAGCCAAGCUAUCCACUCAACUGACAUGGCUAGGCUUGGGAGGAAAUUGGAUAAAUGGAAAUAUUCCCACAGAGAUUUGGCGAUAUAUCAACUUAAAUAAGCUUUCGAUGGAUCGGAUGCUUCUCACAG